AUGUCUGGUCGGAUGUGGCGGUACGGAAUUCAUUCGUUGUUGGAUAUUCUACGACAGGACCUCCCACAGACUUUGGAGCACAUGCUCUUCUUCAUCGAAACCGUCUCAUCAAUCCUGAAGCGGUUAAUUCUGUCUAAUUCAGCACUUGGAGACUCAUUGUUUGAACAGCUGGGUGACCUGGCAUUAUACCGUGUGGUUGUGGAAAAGUCGAAUAGGGAAGAUUGGCAAGUCAUACCGCGGUAUUGGUACCAAAAGGCCGCGGACCGAAAUCCCGAUAGCGGACAAGUCCAACAUCAACUCGCGGCUUCGUCACGGUCUGAUCCCCUUCAGACCCUCUUUUACCUUACCAAGGCAUUGAUCAGUGUUCAGCCAUUCCUCCACAGCUGGGUAACCGUUGGUCGUUUCUUCGAUCGCUGGGACACUUUCGCACUUCAACAUACAACCAUGGCCACUUCAUUCAUCGCUGCACAUUAUGUGCUACUCACGGAUGACCCGUUUGGGCGGUUUAUGACUUUGGCAAACGGCUUUUUGUCGCUCUUACCAUCGUACAUUCAAGGAUAUGAUUACCAAGGACAACACACAGUGUACAUCAUGUCCUGCAAUUUUGCCUCUGUAUUUCAUUAUGGCGAACCUGCAUUCACGACUGUGGUAUUUCCCCAAAUCCAGGGUGGGCGUACUCACCAUGCGAAUGGAUUGGGCCAAGCGGAUGUAAGCAAUGGUGCUACCGACCAAAACCUGAGUUAUAACUAA